AUGGGAGUCUACAGCUCGAUCUGGAACGCUGACGAUUGGGCGACUCAAGGAGGUCGGAUCAAAACCGAUAGGAGCCAUGCCCCAUUCAUUGCCUCCUACAAAGGUUUCCAAAUUGAUGCAUGCGAGAGCCCUGCUUCAUCAGUCUCAGCAGCUGAUUUGACCAAGAAGUGCACCAGCAGUGGUGAGAACAAGUACUGGUGGGAUGAACCAGCAUUGUCUGAGCUCAACCUUCACCAGAGCCAUGAGCUGCUCUGGGUUAAGGCCAACCACAUGGUCUAUGACUACUGCAGUGAUAAUUCUAGGUUCCCUGUGACACCUGAGGAGUGCCAGCACCACCGUCAUUAG